ACAGAAAGUGAAGGUUGUCAAGUGCAGAAAACCGGAAGGAACGUUGGUUGCAGUUUGAGAGGAAGAACAAGUCAAGUUAGGGCUGUCAUCAAAAGUAGAAUUUUAAUCUCGGGAAGUGUUGGAAAUACAUCAGCAUCUGAACAUCACAGACGACAUCAAAAGUCUUACGAGCAUCAAAACAAGGUGGAGGGAGUUCGCAGCAGCAUAACGGAUCUUUCCCCCGGCUCUUAUCAUGGAACAUGGCACCGGGGAGGAACCAGUCCACCCCAAAUUCCUUGGUAAGGCUGGUUGGGUUAAAAAGGCCCCUUGCAGACUGCUAGCCAAGUAUAAAGAGCGCUACAUCGAAGUAGAGAGGACUAAUGUUGCAGUGUAUGAAAAUGAGGACCCCAAGAGCUGCAUUGAAAGGCUGGACCUGGAUAACUAUGAUAAAUGUCAUGAAUUAAAGAGUCCAUUUAGGAGGAAACAAAGACUCAUUCUUAUCCGAUCGCCCAAGUCUGGAAAUAAGGUCCCUGAUAUGAUAUUCCAAGCACGGACUGCAGUGGAGAAGGAAGCUUGGAUUAAAGCCCUAAGUGAGGGAAUCAGCCGGGCAAAGAACAAAGUUUUGGAUGAGGUUAAAUUAAAUGAGAGCAGUAAUUUACAGCAUUUUACCCGAGCAAGACCCCAUGGAAUCCGUAACCGACGCCCACCAACCAGGAUCCACAUGAAAGAGCUUGCGGAGUUGUCAUCCGAAGGAAUGCUGCGCUUGGGUCUUGCCACCAUGCCGAAUAGCCCAUAUGAUGAUGUCGACACCCUUGUAGAAAACCACAAAUCCCUUGGGGAACCAAAAGAACCAGAAGUUGGGGAGAGACGAACUCAGGUAAAGGCCCUGAUGUUGCCCAUGGUCCUGCCAGAAGACAGUGAUGUACCUGCUGAAGAAGCCACAGAGGGUUCAUGCCCUGUAAGUAUGUGUAAGAAAGGUCCACCCCCAACAACUCCAAAUCUCGCAAGCAAUUACUCAAGUGAGCUUCCUGGAGAUUCCCAAUUCAGGCGGAAAAUCCAACCUCCAACCCCACCAACCAAAGACAAGAAGCCAUCGCAAACUUCGGAACUAAACCAAGAGGCUGCAGACAGACCAGAGAUUACGGAAACAAUUACAGAGAAUGUCUGCAAUGAUGAAGGGUUUGUUUUAGAUGAAGAAACCAACUUAAUCAUAGACAACAACACAACUCCAGAGGGCGAUGAGCCUUCAUUGUGUCUUGAAAAAGGAUCGGUUCCUUGUUUGCAUGCAGAAGCGAUCCCGUGUAAUGACUUGCUGAAAGAUGAUGACGGUCCAGUUCUUGCUCAAAUAUCACAAGUUAAAGCAGAUGCAGCGGAGGAAUGUGUUUUAAAAGUCAAGCGUGAAGCUUCUAGCACCACCUUGAGAAAGGGAAAUAUCGGCUUAGGUGUGUUUGACAGCUGUGUAAGGGUUACACCUGAUGCCAGAUCAGAGGUCUCUACACAGUUCCAAGCAGCCUCCUUUGGAGAUCUGCUGUCUGACUCAUCUGUCGGUCAUCAUGGGAGAAGUGCGGUCCAUCCCAAACAAGCUUUCAGACAUCAUUUGGCCAAAGUUGAAAAUGAGCUGAUGCUGGAAGUGGAAAAGACAAACAAGCUCAUGAGCAGAGUGGUCUGGGGUGAUGAUAAUGAUGGUUCCACGUCGGCAGAGCUGCUGAGUAAGGCUAUGGAGAAGUUCAAGAAGGCUGAUCAAGUCCUCACAGAGGUCAAGAAACUGCAACUUAGAAAGACUUUGAACAAAAGAUAUAGCUGGUGAAUGAUAAAAACAACACAUUUUUUUGGUUAAAGGCUGGACACAAAAUGCAUGUUUUCAAGAAAUGACAUUCAAAAGCAGCAUCUUCUUCCGUUGGAAUAUGAACAAAUAAUAUUUUCAAUAUGAUUAUAAAUAUUUUUGAUUGACUGGUUGAUGCAGGAUUCACGGAAACGCGAUUGCAACAACUCCGCAUUUCCUUUGUGUUCAGACUUCAGGGAUACCCUGAAGACUGGGGUUCCCCACGGCCGAAAAGGUUUGUCGCCAAUUAUUUCUGAAGAAAAAAUUAUGUCAUGGACAAAAAAAGUUGUUUUGCUCAACUAAAUUUGUCUAUGUAGUCUUUUAGCAUGAAUAGACGUCCUGCUCGAAAGAGAACGUCUUCUAACAGAGCCUGAACAGUCCAGCUGCCAUUGAUUUAAUGCCCUGAUAAUAUUAGUAUAAAGAUUUUUAGAAUUUUUUCUUGUCAUUUGGCUCUUUUUCUUUCUGUUUGGACACUCUUUUUUCUUGAAUGACCCCUAAAGUCUAAAAUCUGCGCAUGAAUUUAUUUAACUUCUUAUAUCCUGCAUUUAAGCUUAGAGGUUAGGGCAUGUGCCUCACAAUAAAAAGGUACUGGGUUUGUUCUCCAGGCUCAGUAUCUUUCUGUGUGGAGUUUGCAUGUUCUCCCCGUGAAUGCGUGGGUUCCCUCCGUGUACUCCGGCUUCCUCUCACUUCCAAAGACAUGCACCUGGGGAUAGGUUGAUUGGCAACAAUAAAUUGGCCCUAGUGUGUGAAUGUGAGUGUGAAUGUUGUCUGUGUUGGUCCUGUGAUGAGAUGGUGACUUGUCCAGGGUGUACGCCGCCUUCCACCCGAGUGCAGCUGGUGUAGGCUCCACGCACCCCCUGCGACCCUGAGAGAGACAAGCGGUAGAAAAUGGAUGGAUGGGUAAUUGCUGACGAAGCAAAGUAUUAUUAGUGUCAUUAGUAUCAACAUUUCUGCUCUUCAUUUUUCUUGUUUAAUUGUAAUUUCAGAAUGUGCCACGGACCAAUAAACCACUUAAUCCAGGCAUCCUGCUGUAGACAUAAACACAAACAUAAAGUUAAUCAAAGUUAUUAUAUCAUGAAAUAACUGCCUAACAUGCAUAUUUUUGGACAGUGGAAGUGGGAAAUUAAGCUUUGUGUUGGCUGAUACUCAAAUCUGUAUUUUCAUUGCUCACAGUUGAAUCAUUUUCACAAAAUACCAUUUCAUGCUCGUGCUUGAUUUUUUUGUCUUUUUUGUUCAUCAUAAUAAAUUAUAUUUGAUCAAGCAGCAUUUUCCAACCUGAACAAACUGUAUUAACCUAAUGUGUAUAUGGUUUAUUCUGUCUUGAAUGUCAUGGAUUAUUUGCAUUAAUUUGUAGAAAUGUGGGGAAAAAAUGUAGAAAUACUUGAAGUACAAAGUAUUGAACUAGAAAUGAGUGACUUGGCAAUACUUGGACAUAACCUUUCAAAAAAUGUUUAUAUGACUGAUUUGAGCUACUUGGUUAUGCAUCCACUUUUUUCAGACAAGGGUUGUUGCUCAGCUCAUGCUGUGUUUUUAUUGAUGUACAGUGACACUCCGGCUUACAAGGUAUCUUCUGUGACGGUUCUGUGACAGAGCUCGUAACCCAAAAUACUUGUUUUCCCAUUAAAAUCAAUGUAAUCCGUG